AUCUGGUUCUUUGACAUCUUUAACUAAGCCACUAUUGUGGACUUCCCAUUUGUAUGAGAACCAGGACUGUAUAUAAAGUGAUAAGCAAGAGAAAUUGCUUUACACCUAGUUUUGAGAAACCACUGUCAAACGAGCAAGUUUUACAUUAACCAAAAUGGAGGGCAAUGUUGUUAAUGAAGUGCGACUCCUAGAGACAGCUGAAGACAUCCAGGUCCUCCGUGACCAGGUACUCUCUAGAUAUGCGCAGUUCCGUUCUGAAGCACGUCUGAAGAGGGAGAAGCUGGAAGACUCGCUGAAAUUUCAAUAUUUCAAACGUGAUGCUGAUGAACUUGAGUCAUGGAUCCAUGAGAAACUGCAGGUUGUCUCAGAUGAGAGUUCCGAAGAUCCCACCAGUCUCCAAGCAAAGAUUAAGAUACUCAAAGCUAUGGAAGUAAACGUGACAGCCCGUUCAAGUACCAUUGUCAUUCUGGAUAAGACUGGCACUAAAAUGAUUGACCAACAGCAUUUUGCUUCAGAUAUCAUCAGGCCUAAAUUAGAUGAACUGAAUCGCCUGUGGAAGUUACUGCUAAGUAACCUAGCAGACAAAAGCAUGCAUCUCCAACACACUCUAGUGUUGGUGCAGUUCAAGUCCCAGUGUGAUGAAGUAAUGAACUGGAUCAUUGAGAAGGAAACGCAAGUUACCUCGGAAGAAUUUGGUGAUCUAGAACACGAGGAAGACUUCUACCUUAAGUGUGAAGAAUUCUCAAAAGAUAUUGCUGCACAAGAAUACCGUGUCACAGAAAUCAACACGCUUGCUGAGAAGUUGAUGGCAGACGGACACCCAGAGAUGGAAAUUAUCAUAAAGCACAAGGAAGACCUGAAUGAAGCUUGGCAAAACCUGCACCAACUUGUGAUUUAAGGGUGAUACAAAUGAGAUCAUUGCUUGGAUUGCAGCAAAAGAUGUACUUUCAUGGAGGUGCAUCUUUAUAUGCAGAUAAAAAUAGACUUCAGGAUGAAUUUGAUAUAAAAAACGAACAUCGCCCCGCAGUAAGCAGGCAGGAGCCAAACAUGACCACAAGAUUAUCAUUGCUGGCAUUGACAUGACCUCAGUACAAACACCUCAGCAUAAAGUGUCACCUUUGAAAAACAAAUCACUUGCUUGUUGCAAUCAUCUAAGGCUGUACAGAUGCAUCCAAAAUUAGCACAUUGAGAAUUUUGCAGCAAAGACUCGGGAAUGCUAUCAUCUAAAUGAUCGUAUUGUAUCAUUUCCUUUUCUGGUCACAACAAAUCCCUUUCUGGGUUCCAUUCUUGUCUUAUGGGUAAUGUGUGUGCUAUUAUCUUGACUAUUAAACUCAUUAAGAACAUGA